CCGCGAGCGACCUUUCCGGGGGUGGGGCGCCGCUUGCAUUUUGGCGCGAGCCCGAAUGUUCGUAAGUCGGCGGCGCUGAGUGAAAAUUAACACAAACAAUAUUUUUAAAACAGAUGUAUUAACGCGUAUUGCAAUUAUAUAUUGAUAGCUAUGAGGGCAAAGCAAACCAAGCAUCCUUAAGGUCUGUGUAGUUAUCUGGAAGAUAAAUGGUUGGAGCUAUUCGGUACACUUCAGCUGGUAGAUACGGUUCCCUUGCAAUGGAUAUAGACUCACUUCGGUCCAGGAGCCCUUGGAUGGAACCAGCCAGUGACUAGCGCGACCAGCCAGGAUUUACUAGGAUACAGAUGUUACAGACACUGUUGUCGAUAUUUUCCAAUGGAGACUUUGGUUCGUACUUGAAGAGAAGACUUUAUUACCACUCAGAUUCACAAGCUUUUCUCCUGUCUGCUGAGUUUCACUGGAGCAAAGAGGAGGCUGCUUUUGCCUCAUCCUUUAUGUAAUCAUGAGCCCUCAGCCAGUUUGACGCUCUCUGCUGCUAUUCCCCGCCUGUCUUUGGUCCACCCCUUUAUUACUGUUUCUUUGUUCUUAGACUCAACUGCUUUUUUUGUUGUGUGUUAUUAUUUUAUUUGACCCACUGUGGCAUUAAUCAGCACUUGGCCUUACGUCUUUCUGCCGACUGCUCAGUGCUGCUUCUUCAGGCCAUGUCAGACCCCGAACUCACCACCACUCCUCUCCCCCUCCCAGAACAUUUUUCCCAGGCCCAGCAAUCCUUCUCUCUUAAAAAAAGAAAGCUUCCAUUCUCUUCAUCCUCCCCUUCCUCCUUGUCCCUUACUCCUCCUCCUUCGCUCUCACAUUCGCUGCCCCCUCGCCCCCCCCCAAAAUGGGUCCCAUCUGUCAGUCGGGUUUUUCCCCAGCGACCCCCAUCUCCCUGGACACCACUAUCCCAUUCCCUCUCCCAGAGCCCCCCUUCUCCAUUACUGUAUGACCCAAACCGACCCCAAUCCUACUUCAACCAGUGCUUCACCAACCUGGGCUUGCUGGGCAGGGGCUCCUUUGGGGAGGUGUACAAGGUGUUUAGUCUGCAGGAUGGACGGCUAUAUGCUGUGAAGCGCACUGUCCAGCGCUUUAGAGGUAGUGAGGACAGGCAGAGAAGUCUGCGUGAGGCCAGGAACCAUGAGAUCCUGGGCUCCCACCCUUACAUCCUCGGCUUUCAGGCUGCCUGGGAGGAGAAUGGCCGUCUUUAUAUCCAGACUGAGCUCUGUUGUGCCAACCUGCUAAUGCAUGCGGAGGCCACCAGCCUAGGCGAGGCUGAGGCGUGGGGGUAUCUUUGCGAUCUGCUGUCAGCUCUGCAGCACCUCCACUCACAGGGCUUUGCCCAUCUGGACCUCAAGCCCGCCAACAUCUUUCUGACCCGCUCGGGUCGGCUCAAACUGGGCGACUUUGGGCUCAUGCUGAGACUCAGCUGUGGAGAUUCAGGGAGGGACAAGAUCGAGUUGGAAGAAGGGCAGGAAGGGGACCCAAGGUACAUGGCCCCAGAGCUGCUGAGGGGGCAGUACAGUCUGGCUGCUGACGUCUUCAGUCUAGGUGUGUCCAUCUUGGAGUUGGCCUGUAAUAUCGAGGUGCCUAAAGGAGGAGAUGACUGGCAGGAGCUCAGACAGGGAAACCUGCCUACUGAGUUUACAAAUGUCCUAUCCAGUGAGCUGCAGUCAGUUCUGAAGAUGAUGAUGGCCCCAGAGCCCUCGGCGAGGGCCACAGUCCUGCAGCUCCUAACCCUCCCAGUAGUGAGAAGACAGAGGCUGAAACGGCAAGUUUCGCUUUUCCUGCUGGAAUCUCUGCUUUUCUUCUUCUCCUUCUGUCAGUCGGUGGUGUCAUUUGGAUGGAGGCUCCUGUCCUCUCUCCGUUUCCAGUUCCUCCAUGUACCCACUCCUUCAGUGCCAUGCACACCUCCUCGAGAUAGCUGGGAACGAGAUAGAGACUAUAGCACGCAAGCGCUGAGCUUCUCGCACACAGACAUGUGCAGCCUGGAGGAAGAGCUUGUUUCUGUGCCUGAUGCAGUAAAGCUUAGUGACUCUCCCAGCUUCUCUCAAAGAGUUCAGUCACGGCUGUCGCUGGGAAGCACCUCCACUCCACUCCCAAAAGUUUCUUUGGACUCUUACCAUGGGGCUACACGGACUCUCACAGAAAGCCCUGUCCGCAGCUGGAACAUCAACACCACACCCAACAGCUCAAACUCUUUAAAUAUGACGAGGACAUUCAUGCAGAGCACGAGACCGUCUGAUGGGUUCAGUCCUAACGGCACGCAUGACGAUCCUCCCUUAGUCAAUCACAGCCCCAUCCCCAGACGGAUCAGACUGGAUUCCUGCCCGAGGAUGGCCUUCGAGCCCAAGAACCUGCUCAGUAUGUUUGAGGAAACAUCACUGGAGGGGCAAACCUGAAGCCAAGAUGCCAGCUCACUGCUGCACAUCUGCCCUCAUUAAAAGAAACAAUGGAAAGUGAACUACUGGACUUUACAAAUGUAUGAAACCCUUAUUUGAUCAUUUUUUCCCAUUAAUUGUUUUAACAAGUUCAUUAUUAUUUUUUAAACCUCUUCAGAUGAGUGUUUUGAUCUUGAUGUAAAAUAAGGUCUACAAAGUAAAGAUGGGAAGAUAUUAAGCCUGGGCAUAAGGGGGCAAUACUUAAUUGUCAUUUUUUUUUUCCCAGUUUAACAACAUUAUGGUUAGCUACGUUUUGUAAAAAUGCUUGAACUGCUACAGAGAAAUGCAGAAAGGGAAAAUUAAUUAGCUGUAAAGUUCUUUUGUGUCCGUGCAGUGUAUGUCAUUACAGAGAAGUAAAUCAAUUUAUUUAAGAAUUGGGGAAGUUUACACACAUUUUAUUUACACACAAGAUGGGUUUUUUGGAUACUUUUCAUGAAGUCUGGAAAGUUGACCCCUGCUAAUGGAAAGUAUGCAAACCAAGUAAAUUUUCCUUUUGAAAUGGUAAGUCCUGAAAAAGUUCUACAUUCACCUAAAAGUUCUCUAUGGGUGAAGCUGCAUUUUCUCUCUCACAAUAAUUGGUACUGAUUCGUAACUCUGCAUCUGCGCAAGAGGACUUAGUGGCGUAAGCCAAAUUACCUUAUUUUGUUUAAAUUGUUUUCCUGGAUGGCAGGAAAUGAGACUGGAAAAAACUGGGAAAGAAUUUGGCACGCUUGUCACUGUUUGCCCUCCAGGGCGGUAGAUGGCACUACAGCGCUGGACUGCGUAUCAUAGGUGUAAAACUACUCCGCGAUAAAGUAAAGCUUAGGCGUUUUACAGCAGGUCGUUGUGCAUGAUAGUCUUCGGUAAUUCUUUCCGUGGUUUUUGUGUUUCUCUUAACAUAAUAAAAUAUAUAACGACGAAUACUAGCUUAUGCACAUUGAUUUACCAGUCUAAAUGUAAUUAAUUUCUGUUUACAAUACUGCUUCCAGGAUUCCCCAGCGUUUAUUUUCUUUCGCCUCCUAUUUAUCCAGAUUUUCUAGUUAAAUAUCACUUCCACCCGAAGACGGCGAGUUGGAAGGAAACUGUAGGAAAAGGAGUUGGAGUUUUGCAGGAUGUCAAAAAUUGAUCGCCUGAACGCCCGUGUGGCGAAGCUCCUGACGGUGGCUUUACAUGAGGUGCUGGAGGUGGUGAAAGAGACCGUGUCGGAGUACCAGGAGAAGACCGCUCGGACGCAGAGGGAAAACGAGAGCCUCAAGCGGAGGCUGCAGGAGCUCCAGGAUAAGCUCAAGAGAGUCAGUGUGGAACCUGAACAAGUGACUAUGUUACCUGUGUCUGGUGGAGGGACUCUUGGUGGGCUGGAGUCAAACUACACUCUGAAGCAGGAUGUGGACCUCCUGCAGCGGGAUAAGCGAGAGCUCGCUGACCAUCACCCCAGGAGCCUGAUCAAUGGGAAAAUCAGUGGACCGGAACUGAACCAUUCUAAAGAACCAGAACACGAGAGUGCUGAUUCAGUAACAGAAUCUGUCAAAGUUCCCCAAAUCGUUGAAGAUGCUCUGUUAGCAAGUGAUCUUCAGUAUGUGAAAAGCGAUGAUGAUCAUGAUGACACUGAGCCCUGUGACACUGAGCAUGUGUCAUUUGUGACUCCUCCAGAAACUUCAACCAUACAACAAACCUUUGUUUCCUAUACAGCUAAAUCAGAGCCGGCAGAUUGUGCUACAGUUCUUCAAACAGUCAUCCAGCCAACAAACUCAUUUUAUGAUGCUACAGACUCAGAAAGCAUCGUAGCGCAAGAGGAAGACCCUCAGCAAGUUAGUUUGAGUUCUUAUGGACUAGUGUGUAUUCGCACAAAUCUUGGUACUUUAAACGAAAGCAGUUUUGGUAUAGAUAUUGAAAAGCACAGACCGUAUUACAAGCAUGAGGAAAAGUAUCAUUGCAUUUUGUGUGGGAAGGCCUUCAGUAAAGUGGGAAGUCUUAGAAUACAUCAGCGAUGUCACACAGGGGAGAAACCUUACUGCUGCAUACAGUGUGGAAGGCGUUUCAGUCAUGCAGGCGACUUUAAGAAGCACAAGCGAGUGCAUACUGGAGAGAAACCGUACUGUUGUGCUGUGUGUGGGAAGGGCUUCAGUCAGUCAGGGUACCUAAAAAUACAUCAGAGGUACCACACAGGGGAGAGACCAUACUGCUGCAGUCAGUGCGGGAAAAGCUUCAGCCAGUCAAGUCAUCUUAAAAAACAUCAAAAAAUUCACUUUAGUCAGUUAUCUUAGGGUUUGGUUUAGUUGUAGAAGAAACCAUACUGUGAUUAGGGAUGGGCCGAUCCACAUUUUUUCAGUUCUGAUCCAAUUCCGAUGCACAACUGCUUCUGAUGCAAUAGCUUAUUUUACAUUUAUAUUUUGUGUGUGUGUGUGUGUGUGUGUGUUUAUGUAUGUAUGUGUGUAUAUAUAUAUAUAUAUAUAUAUAUAUAUACACACAGUUGUGCUCAAAAGUUUACAUACCCUGGCAGAAUUUGUGAUGUUUUGGCCAUUUUUCAGAGAAUAUGAAUGAUAACACAAUAACCUCUCUGUCACUCGUGGUUAGUCGUUGGGUGAAGCCAUUUAUUAUCAAACAAUUGUGUUUGCCUUUUUUACAUCAUAAUGACAACAGAAAAUAUCCAAAUGACCCUGAUCAAAAGUUUACAUACCCUAGUUCUUAAUACCUUGUAUUGCCUCCUUUAGCAUCAAUGACAGCUUGAAGUCUUUUGUGAUAGUUGUGGAUGAGACACUUUAUCUUCUCAGAUGGUAAAGCUGCCCAUUCUUCUUGGCAAAAUGUCUCCAGUUCCUGUACAUUCUUGGGCUGUCUUGCAUGAACUGCACGUUUGAGAUCUCCCCAAAGUGGCUCAAUGAUAUUGAGGUCAGGAGACUGAGAUGGCCAUUCCAGAACCUUCACUUUUUUCUGCUGUAGCCAUUGACAAGUUGACUUGGCCUUGUGCUUUGGAUCGUUGUCAUGUUGGAAUGUCCAAGAGCGUCCCAUGCGCAGCUUCCGAGCUGAUGAGUGCAAAUGUUCCUCCAGUAUUUUCUGAUAAUGUGCUGCAUUCAUCUUGCCAUCAAUUCUGGCCAAGUUCCCUGUGCCUGUGUAGCUCACACACCCCCAAAACAUCAGCGAUCCACCUCCGUGUUUCACAGUAGGGAUGGUGUACUUUUCAUCAUGGGCAUUGUUGAGUCCUCUCCAAAUGUAACGUUUAAUUUUAGUCUCAUCACUCCAAAUAACUUUUUUCCAGAAGUUUUGAGGCUUGUCUCGGUGCUGUUUGGCAUAUUGUAAGCGAGCUAUUUUGUGGCAUUUGCGCAGUAAUGGCUUUCUUCUGGCCACUCGACCAUGCAGCCCAUUUUUCUUCAAGUGCCUCCUUAUUCUGCAUCUUCAUACAUCCACACCACUUUUUUUCAGAGACUCCUGUAUGUCAGCUGAAGUUAUUUGUGGGUUUUUCUUUGCAUCCCGAACAAUUUUCCUGGCAGUUGUGGCUGUAAGUUUUGUUAGUCUACCUGAUCGUGGUUUGGUUUCAACAGAAUCCCUCAUUUUCCACUUCUUAAUUAGGGUCUGAACACUGCUGACUGGCAUUCUUAAUUGCUUGGAAAUCUUUUUAUAUCUUUUUCCUGUUUUAUGAAGUUCAACAACCUUCUCCCGCAGAUCCUUUGAUAAUUCUUUUGCUUUCCCCAUGGCUCGGAAUCCAACAAAAAUCAGUGCAACACUGAUUGACUCAUGUCAGGAGCCUAGAAACUCAUUGACUUUUUAUACACACCCACUAAUUACAAGCAAACAGAUCACAGGUGAGGAUGGUAAUCUUUAGUAGUCAUUUAUACCUGUGUGUGUCAACCUGUGUCUAUGUUAUCAUGCCAGAAUUUCCAGGGUAUGUAAACUUUUGAUCGGGGUCAUUUGGAUAUUUUCUGUUGUCAUUAUGAUGUAAAAAAGGCAAACACAAUUGUUUGAUAAUAAAUGGCUUCACCCAACCACUAACCACGAGUGACAGAGAGGUUAUUGUGUUAUCAUUCAUAUUCUCUGAAAAAUGGCCAAAACAUCACAAAUUCUGCCAGGGUAUGUAAACUUUUGAGCACAACUGUAUAUAUAUAUAUAAACGAAAAAAAUGUAUGCCAGAAUAUCUUUUAUUAGGCUAAUAGAGAUAUACAUUAAUGUACUGUUCCACCUCGUUUGUGCAUCUUGCUUUAAGCGUUUUUGAGGCAUUUGCAGUUCAGUUUGAAUACCUUCCAAGAGAGUAUACACAAGUGGCGAAUGCUUAAAAUGCCCUGCAUGUGUAAAACAGUCUAAGCUAGCAACUCCCAAGUCAUCCAUUGCUUUUUUCAUAUUACUUGCAUUGUCUCGUAUGAUUGCGUGCGCCUUGUUUAGUGGGAUUUUCCACUAAACACUACUUUCACCUCUCAAACCUUUGCUUUUACAAAGAUUGCAAAUCACUGUGCUACUAGUUGUUAAAAGCAAAAAAAUACUUCCUGAUCAUCACCUUCUGAUCUGAUGUUCUUAUGCUUCUCGUACUGCUAAGGGUAUACGCGUGAUGCCAUAGCAGGCGGAAGUCACUAUGCUAACACCCACUGAGUACACAGUUGCCAGGUCCGUUGUUUUACCACCCAAUUAAGCUAUUUUGAAAAUACAGUUGUGGGUAAAUAUUUUGUGGGUUUUGGGUCUGUUUUCAUAAUGUUCCACAGCAGCAGAUUGUAAGGGGAUAAAGAAGUUAAUUAUGAAUACAAAUCCAGAGUAAUACUGAAUCGCUGGACACCGAAAGUCAGAGCCACGCACACGGAAGCAGGGUUGCUAACUCUGACGCAUAUGGCAUGACACCUAGGCUUUCGGACUCACAAAAAACACAUCUAAAAUGAAAAGGGGCUGUCGAGCCACUUAUUGUACAAAUCUAUUUAACAAGAAAUAGGGGCUAUCUUUCUACAGACUGCAGAAAACUAAAUAAGUAAGUACCAGAUGUGGAUUGGUCACAUAUGGCUGAUACUUGAUCUGUCUAAUAGGUCCGGAUCGGUGCUGAUACUGAUCUGAAUAUCGGAUUGGUGCAUCUCUAAUUGUAAUGGUGAGGCUGAACAAAAAAAGACAAGGGUGAUUGAAAACUGGAGGAACAUCACUUAAACACCUUUUUUGUCUAUAGAUUUAAGGUGUUUUCACAUGUAGUCCUUUUCAAAUGAGCCAAACUCAGCCCUCUUAAAGUGGACCAACAGAAUAUAAAGUUCACAUUGUGACUUUAUUUUUAAGAGGACUCAGUUAUUCGGAUUAUAGAUAGCAUCUCCGUGCAAUAGCGUGUGAACUGCCAAUGGCAAGCCUAGAAGGCUAAAAUACAAUAGGCAAAGCAAGUCAGGAGCACUUUGUGUUUGUGAUGCACAAGUUAAGCUAACAGUUUGAUUCAUUUUAAAUGGGUGUAAGUUCAUUUGGAGUGUUCACAAAAAUGCUGACUAAUUGUUCUGAGUUUGUUUUUUGGGCUAAAAAGGGACCAAGUGUGAAAGCACUCAAAGAACUAUAUAUAAUUUUAUUGAAAAGUGUCAUGUGGGUUUCAGUGUGUUUCACUGCCUGUUAAGUUUAAAUGCUUCUUUUCCCAGUUUACUCUAAAAUGUUUGCCGAGUGAAUCUUUUUGGACAAUCAGCAUUGUCAGAAGAAUAAACUUUGCCUACAAGAUGAAA